GAUGAUGUCUGGAAUGAAGACCACACUGUCUGGAGCAGUUUAAAGAGUCCUUUCAAUGAUGGAGCCCUAGGAAGUAAAGUCAUUGUAACAACACGAAGUUGGGAUGUUGCAUUUAUCAUGGCUGGAACAAAAUUAAUAUCAUUUCGUAGCAGAACUAUUCGAAGAUGAUUGUUGGUCAGUGUUUGCACAACAUGCAUUUGAGGAUAGAAGUAUGGAUGCAAAUCCAAAUUUGGUUUCAAUUGGUCAAAAAAUUAUCAAAAAAUGUAAAGGCUUGCCUUUGGCUGCUAGAACACUCGGUGGCCUUCUAUGGUGUAAACUGACUGAGGAUGAAUGGGAAGGAAUAUUGAACAGUAAAAUAUGGGAGUUAUCAGAAGAGAGAAGUCACAUUCUUCUGGCUUUGAGAUUAAGUUACUAUCACCUCCCUUCGCAUUUGAAGAAGUGUUUUGCAUAUUGUUCGAUAUUGCCAAAGGACUACGAAUUUGAGGAGGAGGAACUAGUUUUCUUGUGGAUGGCAGAAGGCUUAAUUCCAAAGCAAAUAGGACAAAAGAAAUUGGAAGAUCUUGGGUGCGAGUACUUCCAAGAAUUGGUAUCGAGGUCAUUUUUUCAACCAUCACGUAGUACUGAACUCUUUGUUAUGCAUGACCACAUCAAUGAUUUGGCUCAAUUUUUUGCAAGAAAAACUUGUUUUAGGCUGGAGGAUAAGUUGAAAGAGAAUGAGGGAGAUGAAAGUAUCAGUAAGGCUCGACAUUCAUCCUACACACGCGGGGAUCGUGAUGGCAUAAUGAAGUUUAAAGCCUUUAAGAAAGCCAAAAAUUUGCAGACUUUUUUACCAUGUGGGUCUAGGUAUCAAGAUGUGUCCUACUUGACAAGCGAUGUUCCCCUCCGUUUGUUGCCGGGUCUCAAAUGUUUACGUGUGCUUAGUUUGCGAAUAUAUCAUAUAGGUGAACUUUCAAAUUCGAUUGGGGAUUUGAAGCAUGUGAGGUACCUUGACCUUUCAUGUGCCUUGAUUUUAAUGCUACCAGAAUCAAUUGGCACUCUUUAUAACCUACAAAUGUUAAUUUUGAGAUAUUGUAAAAAUCUUAAGGAGUUGCCUGCAAAUACUAGUGACUUGAUUAGUUUGCGUCAUCUAGACUUUACUGGUGCAAACUCCUUACAAGAAUUGCCACCAAAAAUAGGAAAAUUGACAAGUCUCCAAACUUUAUCAAACUUCAUUGUUGGCAAUGGCAACGAGUCUACAAUAGCUGAGCUGGGCAAUUUGAUUCAUCUUCGAGGGACACUUAGCAUAUUAGGGUUGGAGAAAGUGGCAGAUGCUAGGAGCUAG